AUGGAGUCACCAUCUUUGUUCGUUCGGUUGCUUUCCUUUCUCAUGUUGACGACGUUGUGCCAUGCUAUAGCAUUUACGCAGUCUUUUAACUCUUCUAUUCAACGAUGCCAUGAUGAUGAAAGCUUGGCCUUGCUGCAAUUCAAAAAUAGCUUCAACAUCUCUAGCUCUUGUUCUUAUUCAAAGCUUGAAUCAUGGAAGCUAAAUCAAGGCGUAAGAUCAGGUGAGUCUUGCUCAUGGGAUGGUGUGGAGUGCGAUGAGAAAACUAAUCAUGUCGUUAGCCUUGACCUAAGUGAGAGUUGUAUUUAUGGGUCGAUCAACUCCAACAGCACUCUCUUUCGCCUUGUCCAUCUUCAAAGACUUAAUCUUGGAAGCAACAACUUCAUCCACUCUCAAAUCUCAUCUGAAAUAGGCCAACUCUCGAGGUUAACUCAUCUCGACCUUUCUUUUUCUGGCUUUUCUGGCGAAAUCCCAGCUGAAAUCUCUAAUCUUUCAAGCUUGGUUUCCCUUGAUCUAUCUUGUAAUCUUGAUUUCAUUAGUUAUGAUGGAUUAUUGAAGCUCCGUCAGGCUAGCUUUAGAGGUCUAGUUCAAAACAUGACCAAUUUGAAGGAACUUGAUUUAGAAUGCGUGGACAUUUCUUCAACGGUUCUCGCAAAUCUUUCAUCUUUGGAGUCUCUCCAUCUUUGUGGUUGUGAAUUGCAUGGUGAAUUUCCGAACCAACAUGGCUUGGAAUAUCUAGACCUUUCUUCAAACAGCUUACAGGCUCAAAUCCCUUCAUGGAUGUGUUCCAUAAGUACAAAUUCCAUGGAUUUUUUGAAUCUUUCUCAUAACCUUUUAACUGGGUUUGAACAAAAUCCUGUUAUUUUUCAUUGGGCUCAGAUUCGAAACCUAGAUCUUAGGUCUAAUCAGCUCCAAGGAUCCCUUCCAUUGCCACCACCAUCCACCAUUUCCUACCUCAUUUCACACAACCAAUUGACAGGUGAACUUUCUCCGUUGAUUUGCAAUUUAUUUUCUCUUGAAAUUCUCGACUUAUCCUUCAAUAAUUUAAGCCGUCAACUUCCUCAUUGUUUGAGCAAUUUCAGUGAUCUGUCUAUGUUGGAUUUGAGAAGAAACAAUUUUCAUGGAAUUAUUCCUGCAGCCUGGAGAGAUGAUUGUAAAUUGAGAAUGAUUAGCAUCAGUUACAAUCAAUUACAAGGAAAAGUUCCAAAAUCAUUAGACAAUUGUUCAUCGUUACAGUUGGUUGAUUUUGGUAACAACCAAAUAACUGAUACUUUUCCUUCUUGGUUGGGAAAUCUUUCAGAGUUGAGAAUUCUGAUUUUGAGAUCUAACCAUUUUUAUGGUGUGAUAGAUCCAAAACCCAAAACCAAAGGCUUCCCAAGUCUUCGAAUCAUCGACUUAUCCGGCAAUAGUUUCGUCAGAAAGCUGCCAUCGGUGUACUUAGACAUGUGGGAAGCAAUGAAAACCAUCCAAGCAAACCACAUGACAUACAUGGGGGAAAAUAUAAGGCCCAAUUUCACAGACGUUGAUACCUACUAUGGGGAAUAUGAUUACUCAAUGACUAUGUUCAACAAAGGAGUGAAACUGGAAUACGACAAGAUUCAAGAUAUUUUCCUUGCCAUUGAUUUCUCCAACAACAGAUUUGACGGAAAAAUCCCAGAAAUCAUUGGAAACCUUAAAGGGCUUAAUCUCCUCAACCUUUCAAACAACCUUCUCAAGGGUCACAUACCACCAUCUUUAGCAAGUUUGGGUUCAUUAGAGGGAUUAGAUCUUUCAAAGAACAAGCUUUCACGAAAGAUACCUCCAGAGCUCGCUCAGCUCACUUUCCUUGCUUUCUUUAAUGUCUCCUACAACGAGCUUGAAGGGCCAAUACCACAAGGGAAACAAUUUGAUACAUUUCAGAGCAAUCAAUGUGAGGGGAACUUGGGAUUAUGUGGAGCUCCUUUGACAAAGAAAUGUGAAGAUUUUGGGGACUCACCACCAUUUUUUCCAACUUCGGAUUAUGAAAGCAUAGCUCUGGAGUGCAAACCCUCAGAUUUACGCAGAUGCACUUAUUAUCAGACUAAUUCUGUGAGUACAAACUCAAAACUAUUAUGA